CAGUUCUUCCUGUGGCAAUGAAGGAGGAAAAACGUGCCAAAUGUUCGUCGGAAAGCUGCGCUGAGGGCCGGAUAGAGCGCCGUUCUCGUUUCGUGUGGCCCGUGGAACAUGCUCAAACUGGCCGGCCUGUGCGGAACCUUCAGCCUGCUCACGCUGGGCUCCUUCUGCUCGACGUGGGCGGCAGCCCUGGUCACCUGCGUGCUGUACGUGGUCACUGGAGGAUGGAGAUUCGUGCGAAUCGUCUUCUACACGGCCCGCCGAGACUUGACGGGUCUGGUGAGGAUCACCAAGACGGGCAUGUACUUCAAGUCCUGCAUGAAGGCCAACCGGACGGUCCCGCUGGCCUUUAAGAAGGUGGUGGAGAGGUAUGGCGACAAGGUCUGCUUCAUCAUGGAGCACAGCAGGUGGACCUUCAAGCAGGUGGACGAGUUCACGAACCGGGUGGCCAACUGCUUCCUGCAGCAAGGGCUGCGGCCCGGGGACGAGGUGGCCCUGUACAUGGACUCGCGGCCCGAGUUUGUCAUGAUCUGGCUCGGCCUGGCCAAGGUGGGCAUCGUGCCGGCCCUGGUCAACAGCAACCUCAAGUCGGACCCCCUUGUCCACUCGCUCACCUGCAUCGACGCAAAGGCCAUCGUCUUCGGCAAGGAGCAGGUCAAUGCCAUGAAAGACAUUGGGUCGGUUGUGAUGCAGAAGGGAGACUACCGCUACUACUGCUACGGGAGCUCGGACACCCAGCCCCUGCCCGCCACAGACCUGGAGGAGCUCAUCAAGAAUGCUUCGCCCGUGGCGCCAGACAUCGACUACAGGGGAAGCAUCCACGACAAGCUGGUGUACAUCUACACGUCCGGGACGACCGGCCUCCCCAAGGCGGCCAUCAUCAAGCACAGCAGGUACCUGUCGAUGGCGUCCGCGGCCAAGUACAUGAUGCCCGUCCGGGAGGAGGAUGUGCUGUACAGCGCCCUGCCCCUGUACCACACGUCCGGGGGCAUUCUGGCCGUGGGGCAGGCCCUGCUCUUCGGCAACACCGUGGCCAUUCGCCCAAAGUUCUCCGCCUCCCGCUUCUGGGACGACUGCAUCAAGUAUGACUGCACCGUGACCCAGUACAUUGGAGAGAUCUGCCGCUACCUGCUGGCCCAGCCCACAAGGCCCCAGGAGAGGCAGCACAAGAUCCGCAUGAUGUUCGGCAACGGCCUGCGGCCCCAGAUCUGGACCCAGUUCACGGAGAGGUUCAACAUUAAAGACAUCCGCGAGCUGUACGGCUCUACGGAGGGCAACGCCCACGUCAUGAACCUGGACAACAAGGUGGGGUCGGUGGGCUUUGUGUCCCGCAUUGCGAGCAACGUGCACCCGGUCAAGCUGAUCCGGGUGGACGAAGACACCGGGGAGCCCCUGCGGGACAAGCGCGGUCUCUGCAUCCCCUGCGAGCCAGACGAGGUGGGCGAGCUGGUCGGCAGGAUCGUGCGCGACGACCACAUCCACUCCUUCGACGGCUACGCCAACCAGAGCGCGACCAAGAAGAAAGUCUACCACGACGUCUUCAAGAAGGGCGACACCGCCUUUGCCUCCGGGGACCUGUUGGUGAUGGACGAGUUUGGGUACCUGUUCUUCAAGGACCGGACUGGGGACACGUUCCGCUGGAAGGGGGAGAAUGUGUCCACCUCGGAGGUGGAGGGGGUCCUGGCCCGCAUCGCGGGGCUCACCGACUGCGCCGUCUACGGGGUCGAAAUCCCAGGUUCGGAAGGAAAGGCCGGAAUGGCCGCCAUCUGCGAUCCGGACAAGAAGACGGACCUGAAGGUCUUCCUGAAGGAGGCCAGGAACGUCCUGCCGGCCUACGCAGUUCCCCUCUUCGUCCGUGUUGUGGCAGACCUGGAGGCCACGGGGACCUACAAAAUUAAAAAGGUGGACUUGCAGAAGCAAGAAUUUGACAUCCACAAGAUCAAGGACCCGGUCUACUUCCUAGACUCCACGGCCAACGAGUACGUCCUUCUAGAUGAGAAGCUCUACGACAAGAUUGUAAAGGGAGAGGCGAGGGUAUGAAUCUCAAUGCGGCGGUGUGCAAAGGACUUGUGCGUCCAUCGCCGUGCACGGAGGGGCGGAGAGUGCAAGAACGUUGGCCAGCCUCGGAUUUCGCAGCCAGCCAGGGCCUGUCCCGCCGAGACCUCCGGGGGCUUCCCACAUUCCACGGGGCGUGCUGCGCCUCGAGAGGUGGCCUGUUCCUCGGGCUUCCCUGCGCCAUUUCUCCGCCACCGUGAAAUUUCUCGGCCGAUUGGCGUUCGACCCGAAGGCAUUUACGGCAUUUUUCCUGGAAAGGUCUUGGAUGGCCCGAGGAACAUUGUUACGGCAAUGUUUUGCAAAGGGAUCAAACAGUUAAUGUAUCUGUCGCGUCUCAAAGCCUGUUUUAUACGAUUGUUGGCCACGAUGCAAUAUUUUUUACGCCGGAGAGCCUCGGAAGACGUCCACGGACGUGUUAUGACGUGGUGCUGAGAGUUAAAUUUUUACGAUAAAAGAAGGAAUAUUUUACGGUUCAUUUAUCGAGGAACUAGCGAUGUAAACAGUGUACAUAAUAAUAACCUUCUGCCUAAGAUUCCUGGAUUAAGCUGCUGUGAUAAAUCCUCCGGGUAACUCAACGAGACGGCACAUCCAGUGCUGGCGUACUUAUAGAAAGAAUAAAUGGCUGCAAAUGGUG